AUGAGAUGGCACAAAGACAAACAUGUAGAUGAUGACGAAUUGCAUCAUUUGGCUGAAGCUGAGGAAUGGAAGAACCUCGAUGAACAAUUUCCCGAUUUUGCUGCCAAUUCGCGAAAUAUGAGGCUCGGGAUGGCUACUAAUGAUUUCAAUCCCUUUGGACACAUGAGUCAAUCAUAUAUUGAUGAGUUGAAGGAGUUAUGGACGAAUGUUGUGCAAACUUAUGAUGCCUCUACUGGAAAAAAUUUUACAAUGCGUGCAUGUAUUUUUUGGACCAUCCACGACUUCCCUGCAUAUGGCAUGAUGUCUGGGUGGUCUACGAAGGGUUAUUUGGCUUGUCCCAUUUGCAACGAGAAUAACUCAUCAGUUAGUUUGAGGAGUAAGAUUGAAUAUUUGGGUGCUCGUCGCUGGCUACCUGAGAACCACAUUUGGCGAAGGAACAAGCUCUUUAACAGUAAAUUUAAGGAUAGGACUAGACCUUUGGAGUUGUCGGGCCAAGAAAUAUUAGAACAAAUUAACUCAGGGACAUACGAGCCAUUUGGAAAACAUCCAAGUGAGAGCAAGAAAAGAAAAAGGGAUAAGUUUGAGAAAAAUUUGAAUUGGGGGAAGAAAAGCAUUUUGUUUGGGCUCCCUUACUUUGAGUUUCUCAAUCUUCGAUGGAAUCUCGAUGUCAUGCACAUAGGGAAGAACAUAUGUGAAAAUUUGUUGGGGACAUUUUUGGGCAUAAAUGGAAAGAACAAGGAUAUGGAAAAGGCACGAAAGGAUUUGGAGGCUCAGAAAUUACACAAGGAGUUGCACCUAAAGAGGCAUGCAAAUGGGUCAUUUGAAAAGCCCCUGGCCAUACUACUGAGAGUUUUGAAAAAACUUGUGGGUAAUAAAGCUCAUCCCAAAGGUUCAAUUGUGGAGGCUUACGUUUCUAAAGAAUGUACAACCUUUUGUUCUAUGUAUCUCGAUGUAAUUGAGACAGUGUUUAAUCGCCAAGAACGGAAUGACGAUGGUGGUGAGCUUGAACCGGGGUUAAGGGCUUUCACUCAGCAAAUCCGUCCCUUCAGUAUAAUCCCGAGAGCACCUGAUGUACCUGUCAACCAACGUCACAUGGCUCAUUGGAUACACAAGAAUUUGUUGGGAAAUGGCAAUACACUUGACAUUGCGAAGAGACAAUGCAAAAAGUUUCCUCAAUGGUUCAAAGGGCAUGUGAAUGAACUGCGGAAGCAAAGGUCUCCAGAAGCAACUAAUGAGUUAUGGUCAUUGGCCAACAAACUCGACCCAAUGAUAAACACAUAUUCAGGGUGCAUUUUUAAUGGCGUCCAUUUCCAUUCUAUUGAAUGGGACAACCAACAUACAAGUCAGAAUAGUGGGGUGGUAGUGGAAGGGGAGCACGAAGGCCAGACAAUAAACUAUUACGGAUAUGACCCAUUCGGUUUUCCAAGUCAAGUCGAACUAGAAUUCUACAUUGUAGAUACCAAGUUGGGUGAGCAUUGGAAAGUAGUAGAACGAAUUCAACGUCGAGGAAUCUGGAAUGUCCCAGAGAUGGAUAGUUUUGAAACUAGCGGGUCUCCUAAUGAAGUUUUUCAGCAAGAAAUAACUACCGAGGUUCCAACAAUUGUUGUUGAAGAUCCUCCCAUCGUAUCCUCUUUGCAGAUAAAUGAUAUUGAACCUGCAAUUAUUAGUGAGGAAGAAGAUCAUAGCGACGAGGAUGAAGAAGACUUAAUGGGUGAUCUAGACGAUGAAGAAGAUGAAGAAAAUUAUAGUGAUUCUGGUGAUGAUUUUGACAUAGAAGCUUAA